GCCGCCGUGCGCCGUCGAUUCCGUCAGCCUGCUUCGAGGCUCAAAGACUCGCUUCUACCCCUCGCGCACAGAGACGCAUACAUAACUCGAUGAGACUGCUGUACAUCAAAAGCGAUGGGAAGCUUAGAUGGACUGAGGACUUAAUUGGGGACAAGAUCCCCCCGUAUGCGAUCCUGUCGCACACCUGGAAGGAGGGGCAGGAGGUGACAUUUGCCGAUCUGAAAGAUCUGGACAAUACAGUAGACGUCGACACACAACACAAGGAGGGAUAUCGGAAGAUUCGCUUCUGCGCGCGACAGGCUAAACGGGAUAGUCUGGACUACUUCUGGGUCGACACCUGCUGCAUUGACAAGGCAAACAACACAGAACUGUCGAAAGCUAUCAACUCUAUGUUCCGAUGGUACCAGAAUGCCAAAAGGUGUUAUGUCUUCCUUUCAGACGUCGCGAACGACACUCCAAAAACCGAUAGCAAGUCGGCGUUUAAGCAGAGCAGGUGGUUUAGGCGGGGCUGGACGCUUCAGGAGCUUCUUGCUCCUCACUCUGUUGAGUUCUUCUCUAAAGAGGGAGAGCGGCUAGGGGACAAGGAGUCGCUUCAGCACCUUAUACACGAGGUUACAGGCAUACCUAUCGAAGCUCUGUCAGGGAGCGACUUGUCCGAGUUCGACGUUACGAAGCGUUUCUCUUGGGCAGCGAAUCGACAGACAACAGAGGAAGAAGAUGGAGCGUAUUGUCUUUUUGGCAUAUUCGGCGUCCACCUACCGCUGAUCUAUGGCGAAGGCAAAGAGAAUGCACUCGAACGGCUGAGAAGCGCGGCUAUUCUGAAACAUAAGGGCCGCAGUCAAGACCAAGAAGAGAAGCUAAGCAAGAUACGCAGCUGGCUUUCGGCGCCUGACCCGUCUACCAACUACCACAAAGCGCAUAAGCAGCGGCAGGCUGAGACCGGAGUCUGGUUGCUAGAGGGUGAGCAGUUCACGAGAUGGAAAGAGAGUGCAGCGUCGCGACUGUGGCUGUAUGGGAUCCCAGGAUGUGGAAAGACCAUCCUAAGCUCUACCAUCAUCGAGCAUCUGCUGCAGCACUGCCAUGAUGACACUAGUAUAGUGACGGCAUACUUCUACUUUGACUUCAACGAUACACAAAAACAGGACCCAAAGCUGAUGCUCCACUCGUUGCUCUACCAGCUCGUGCAGCGGUCGGUCGUGAUACCGAAGGGCGUUGACGCGUUGUUCUCAUCUUGCGAAGACGGAAAACGACAGCCUUCACUACAUGCGCUUUUACAAGUAACGAAGGAGGCGGCGCAAGAGUUCACCCACGUGUACGUUGUUCUCGAUGCUCUUGACGAGUGUACGCAGCGCUCGGAGCUGAUGGACAUGCUUAAGACGGUGGCUGAGUGGCAGCUUGAUAACCUACAUCUGCUUAUGACCAGCCGAAAAGAGCGGGAUAUCGAGACAUUCUUAGAGAGUUACGUUGGGGAAGAGGAAGCUAUCUGUCUUCAAAGGGACGUAGUGGAUCAGGAUAUACAACAAUACGUUGAACAAAGGCUACGUAUUGAUAAGGGCUUGGCAAAAUGGAAUAAAGACGCUGCCAUCAGGCAAGAAAUUGAGACUGCAAUGAUGCGUGGUGCUCAUGGGAUGUUUCGAUGGGUUGUAUGCCAGCUUGACACGUUAGCAAAGUGUCUCAAUCGGGCGAUGCUGCGUGAGUCACUUGCUACUUUGCCGCAAACGCUAGACCAGACAUACGAGCGCAUUCUGUCCGCGAUAAACGACGGAUAUUCUAAGUAUGCGAUGCGCAUUCUGCAAUGGCUGACGUUCUCUGCGCGGCCGCUGUCCGUCGAAGAGAUCGCCGAAGUCGUCGCCAUUGACGUGGCGCGCGACCCAGCGUUCGAUCGUGAUGAGGUGUUAGAAGACCCGCUAGAAGUGCUGAGCAUCUGCUCUAGUCUAGUCACUAUCACGAAGAACGAAGCGGACGGGAGAUCAGGGCCUGCCCAACAGAUCAUCGCUCUAGCACACUAUUCAGUGCAGGAGUACCUUGUGUCAGACAGGAUCAAGCAAGGGUCAGCAAAGCAGUACAGCAUGCAAGAGGCUGAAUGCCACGAUGUAAUAACGAGAGGCUCUCUAAAGUACCUAAUCCAGCUCCAGCAACCACUAUUAAAAGAGACUCUUAAGACGUUCGCACUUGCAAGGUACUCUGCAGAGUUCUGGAGCAGCCAUCUUCGAAAGACAGGAGACGAGAUGGAACGGACGAGCCGUCUAGCGAUGAGUUUGAUGGCUAUUGAAGAGCCUGCAUAUCUUAACUGGCUCCGGUUGCAUGAUCCAGACCGUCCUCGGGAGAUGCCAAAUUUAGAAAAAGGUCUCGAUAGCAUACCUAUGCCGCUUUACUACGCAGCAUUACUAGGCUUUAGUACUGUUACGAGACUGCUGCUCGACGCGGGCGCCGACGUCAACGCGCAGGGUGGAGAGUACGGCAACGCACUGUAUGCAGCUUCAGAGAGAGGCCACGGGCAGGUAGUCAAGAUGCUGCUCGACGCGGGCGCUGACGUCAACCUGCAGGGUGGAGAGUACGACAACGCACUGCAGGCAGCUUUAGCUGAAGGCCACGAGCGGCUAGCCUGGGUGCUGCUCGACGCGGAUGCGCAUCAACACCAGGAGGAUAAUCUUGACUUACGCAAUGCGAUCUCCUGGGCAUGUCAAGGGGGACAUACUGACACUUUGCGCAUUUUACUAAAGAACAAGUGCGGCGGUGAGGACGACGUCGAUAUUGAUGGUUGGACACCAUUACUAUGGGCACUCUUUGAUAGAUCUCCAGCGACUGUGGAAACACUUCUUUCGAGCCGUCGCGUCCAAAUCGACCGCCAAGACAGCUAUGGGCGUACAGCUUUGAUAUGGGCUGCGAGUUAUGGGUAUCUAGACGUGGUGCAGUUACUAGUGUCUUGGAAAGCAAAUCUGCUUAUCAAGAAUCAAGGUGGACAUGCUGCUGCAGAUGUUGCAAGGAUAGAAGGGCACACUGAAGUGUGGGAGUUUUUGGAGGCUGAGCAAAACAAGGAAACAUAGAAAAAUGUGGAUGAGUAGUUUAUACUAGGUAAUGUCCCAUUAAUCGUCGUAAGCCUGUGGAAGGCA